GAUCAUCCCAACCUCCAAUUAUGAAGUUCUUUCUGCUGCUGGCUGUGCUCGCUGUCUUGGUGGCCAAUUCUUUGGCUCUGAAAAAUGAAGUCUGUGGCCUUGAGCAUUCCCGCAAUGGGGACGGACGCAUUUCCUGUGAGGCUUACAUCCCGAGCUGGUCUUUUGAUUCUAAGGCAAAAGAAUGCGUGAAGUUCAUCUAUGGCGGCUGUGGGGGCAAUGACAAUCGUUUCAGUUCUAAGGAGGAUUGUGAGGCAAAGUGUUUGGAAUAAAUACCACAAGUGAUAUACUCGUUAA